AUGCCGCUGUACGACGUCGAAUACGUUACCCACUUAACUCCUCGACAGCAGGAGCUCCUCGCCAAUGCCUUCACAACCGUACAUUCAAAGCGAUUUAACACACCACGAUACUUCGUCAAUGUCCGUUAUACGGACGUCAGCCACCAAAUCGUCUUUCGAGGCGGUGUACGCAGAAAGUAUAACCGUCUCAUCCUCCGCACUCGAGCUGGUAGCAACCGCUCCAGUGAGGAGUACCUAGAGCACUGCAAAGACCUUGUAGGCGAGUGGGAGAAAAUUGUCGGCACAGAUGGCGAAAUGGGUCUUCGGACUGUUUGGAUCAAUGGGACAUUGACGCAAGCUCUAGAGGCUGGAAUUGGCAGACCAAAGACCGGAGAGGAGGAUACAUGGAUUGAAGAAAACAUGCCUCGCUUCAAAGAGCUAGCUGCAGCAGGAGAUGAAGACUUUAUAGAAUUGAUGAAAGAACUUGAGGGCCGUGGAAAGCUUUAG